ACCCACCUCCCCCAAACCGCGUGGGUCCCACCGGGCUCCGUCGCCACGUACGCGGCCGGCUCUCCCUAUACAAGCGCCACGUCGCCGGCGAGCCGCCGCCCCUCCACCGUCCCCGGCGGCGUAUAUUCCCCCCCGUGGCGCGCUCCCAUGGCUUCCUACUGCUACUACGGCAACACCUCCAACCCUAACCCUAACCCUAACCCUAGCCCUGCUCCCUCCGCUCCGCCGCUCUACCCCACGCUCAGCAUGGCCGAUCUCGCGCCCGUCCAGAUAGGCCCCUCCUCCCCCUCGUCGCCGAUGUCCCCGGCGUCUCCGGCCACCCCCGUCGACGCCUACGCCAAUGCCCCGCCACCGUCGGAGGACGUCCUGCUCCGGAUCCCGGGGGCGCAGCUCCACCUCAUCGACCGCCACCGCAGCUACCCGCUCGCCGCCGGCGACCUCUCGCUGCUCCGCAUCCGCUCCGGCGACACCUCCCUCGCCGCCAUCGCGCUCCUCCACCCCAUCCAGUGGCCGCUCGCGCGCGACGUCGCCUCGGUGAAGCUCGACCCCUGCCACUAUUCCUUCUCCCUCACCGUGCCGCCCUCCGCCGACGACCCCAACCCCGGCCCUCUCCAUUACGGCCUCACGCUCUCCCACCCCGACCCGCGCCUCGAUGGCAUCCUCGCCACGUACACCAGCUUCUCCGUCCAGUCCGUGGUCGGCGGCGAGGCGUUGGCGAGCAAGGUUCGCGACGAGGUGGAGGCGGCGGCGUACUGGACGGCGGUGGCGCCCAAUGUGGAGGAGUACGGCGGGAAGGUGGCAAAUGCGAUCGCGACGGGGGCCGGGCACCUGGCCAAGGGGAUUCUGUGGUGCAGUGAACUGACGGUGGACAGGCUCCGGUGGGGAAACGAGGUCCUCAAGAGGAGGAUGCAGCCCGGCGACGCCGACGCCGAGGUCAGCCCCGAGAUGUUGAGGCGGAUCAAAAGGGUCAAGAUGGUGACAAAAAUGUCUGAGAAAGUGGCAACUGGAAUACUAUCCGGAGUUGUAAAGGUUACUGGCUAUUUUACAAACUCAAUAGCUAACUCAAAAGCUGGCAAGAAGUUCUUUAAUUUGUUACCUGGAGAGAUUGUUCUUGCUUCGCUUGAUGGAUUCGGGAAGAUUUGCGACGCAGUCGAAGUGGCUGGAACGAAUGUUCUGUCCACAUCAUCAACUGUGACUACCGGUCUUGUAUCCCACAAAUAUGGGGAGAAAGCCGCGGCUGCGACCAAUGAAGGGAUGGAUGCAGCAGGCCACGCAAUCGGGACAGCAUGGGCAGUGUUCAAGAUUCGGCAGGCCUUGAACCCGAAGAGCGUCCUAAAGCCAACCUCACUCGCCAAGUCUACCAUCAAAGCAGCAGCUGCUGACUAUCGUGCAAAGCAAAAGAAAUAGUUCGUCCUCAACGAUCAACCCAGUGUUGGAACGUUCCUGACUAAUAGAAGCUCUGCCCCAAUCCAUCCCAGCUAGUUUUUGCAGAUGUCUUCUCUUGUUUUCUUUUUUUCACGAGUCAUGGGUGUGCUGCACUACUGCUACUGUUGCUUGUAAUAUAUGUGCUGAAAAACCAAAAGCAACUCCUGAACGCUGAUGAUGUACUACCACUUUUGUGCUGAAUGAUGCAAUGUACGGAAAUCUGUGGUGUUGCAAAAUUUGUUUCUGCGUCCUGAGGUGGAGUAAAUCUUUCAGAGCU